CCUCCUGAGCCUGCUGAGACGUCUCCAGAAGGGCACAACACUCGCCGCUUUGCUCGCGUUCCCUCCACCAAGCCUUCCACAUGAGCCAGCCAAGCCUUACUUUUGCACCAGGAUGAAGGAAGACAAGAAAACGCACGCUUUAGUGUUCCUGCUGCUGCUGCUUCACUACAGCUUGGGGCAAUCAGACUAUGCUCCAUACUUUUAUGACAAUGUUGCAGGCAGCACAAGUGGGAACAUGGCCUUCCUCAGCAUCUCUGAGGACACACCUGUCGGAACGCAGGUAUACAUCCUGAAUGGGACGGAUCCAGAGGGGGAUCCGGUACGAUACGGUCUCACAUUUGAGAAGGGCUCCACAGAAUACCUUCAGGUAGACCCGAAAUCGGGAAACGUGACCCUGGUUCAGGAGCUCGACAGAGAGACCCAAGAUGAAAUCUCGGUGGUUGUGAGCAUAACAGACGGCCGCAAUCGAGUUGUUGAGAGAGUUCGAGUGUUUGUCACAGACGCUAAUGAUGAACCACCUGCAUUUCAAAACCUGCCUUUCAUCAUUAAUGUUCCAGAGGACACUGCUCCAGGAAGUAGCGUCUACAGAGUUCAUGCAGUGGAUAAAGAUCUGGGCUCAGGAGGCAGUGUCUCAUACCACCUGCAGAGUUCCCCCUUUGCCAAGUUCACCAUUGAUGGACACAGCGGGAUUCUCAGAGUCAAACCUGGCGAGACUCUGGACUAUGAAACCACACCGACACAUUUUGUGACAGUAAUUGCCAAGGAUGGAGGUGGAAAGUACAAGGACAAGAAGCAGGUGCUGACCUCCACAGCCACUAUAACAGUCAACGUCCUCGACGCUCAAGACAUGCCUCCAUCCUUCAUAGGAACCCCAUACUUUGGCUACAUCUAUGAAGUCUCAGUCCCUGGCUCUGAAAUAUACACAGUGUAUGCCAAAGAUGGAGAUCAAGGCAAUCCCAACUCUAUACAUUAUUCCAUUAUUGAUGGUAGUGACGGUGUUUUUGACAUUAAUGGCACCAGCGGUUGCAUCACCCUGGCAACUCAUCCAUCAUUUCUGAAAAAUGAACUUUAUGAGAUUAAAGUCAGGGCAUCUGAGGUCGGGUCGAACAACCAUCAGGUGGACUACGACAUUACCACGGUGACAGUCCGGGUGGUGGAUCUCAACAACCAUCCUCCCACCUUUUAUGGAGAAAACGGUCCUCAGAGCAAGUUUGAGGUCACAAUGUUCGAGCAUCCUCCCGCGGGGGAGAUCCUGCGAGGAUUCAAGAUCACAGUCAAUGACUCUGAUCAGGGAGCAAAUGCCAAGUUUAAACUGAGGCUGGUGGGGCCGAGUCGAGUGCUUCGUGUGGUUCCCCAGACGGUCCUGAAUGAAGCCCAGGUGACCAUCAUCGUGGAGGACACAUCCGGCAUCGACUAUGAAAAGGGAUCAACCCUCACUUUUAAGUUGCUUGCAGUGGAAAUCGACACUCCUGAGCGGUUCAGCGCAACGGCGGACAUAGUCAUCAACCUGCUGGACACAAACGACAACGUCCCCACAUUCACAUCUGAGUAUUACAUCGCCAGGGUGCCCGAGAACUCACCUGGGGGCUCCAGGGUCGUGUCUGUAACGGCAAAUGAUCCAGACUCAGGAGCUUGGGGUGAAGUCAAAUACACGAUUUAUGGAUCAGGAUCAGAUUUGUUUACUAUCAACCCGUCAUCAGGUCUCAUCUCCACACAGCCCUGGACCAGCCUAGACGCAGAGGUCAGGUCCAAAUACAACUUUUACGUCAAGGCUGAGGAUUCGGAGGGCAAGUACGGCCUGGCUGAAGUCUUUGUCACCGUUCUUGAUAUGAACGACCACCCUCCAGAAUUUGACGAGACACUAGUGGAGAAGACCAUGAUCAUUGGCAUGCCUGUCAAAGUUGAGGCAAUGGACGACGACGCAGAGUCUCCCAACAACGUCAUUGAGUACUCCAUCAUGACAGCCGACCCUGACAACGCAUUUGACAUCAACGCAGACACUGGGGAGAUCAAACUGAAGCCCUUCAUCAAGUCGAUGGAGAUUGUACAGAACAUCACCAAGCAGAAGGACUGCAGGUGGUCUCUGGUGGUGCAGGCCAGGGACCGAGGUUCUCCGUCCUUCAGUACAACGGCCGUGGUCAAUAUCGAUAUCACGGAAGCGACUCCUCUCAAGGGGCCUAUGGCGGCCUUUUUAAUGAAAAGUAGGGACAAUCCUAUGAAAGCUUUAGGCAUGGUCACUUUUAUCAUUACUGUAUUGGUAGGACUGACAGUCUUGAUCUCUACGGCUAUGUACUUGCGCAACACAAAGUCCAACCGGAUCAUGCCAGCGCGCCGCAUCAUUAAAAGGAAACCCAGGGACCAGCAGCCCUGGAACUUGCCAAUUAUCAAGUUCAGCAACAACGCAGAUAAGUUCCUCGUCACUGAUCCAGAGAGCAGCCCCCAGCAGGAGCCUGGCAGCCCCCGACCCAAGCCUCCACCACCUAUUGCUCCUUGUCUGCCGCCUCCACCUCCAUCUAUCACACGGCUCAGUGAGAGGCCUCGGGCAGUUCCGACAAUAUCUGGUGUGCUGGCCUCAAAAGGAUCAAGGAAAGCAAAGUCUGGCCGCCGCAAAGAGGGAAACUUGAGCUCUGCUUUGGUGUCAGAGCUGAAAAUGAAGCUGGAGCAAAAAAUCAAUGAGAGCAACCAAGGUUAUUAUUAACUUAAGCUACACAAGUCUGUGGUUCAAAGUCACUAGGUGGACCAACCUAGAGAUUAUUCAUGAGUAAAAGGUAAUAACAGGACAGUUUACAGAUUUCUAUGUCUUAAGGCAAGACUUUAAAGAGGUGGGGUGUGCUGCGUCUUCAGCUGACCGAGUUUUGACCGAGGUCAAAGCUUGAGUUGGUGGGACAGUCACAGAUAAUUCACCACACUGCCAUAUUACGGAUUACGUCAUUUUAACAGUAUGAAGCAGCAAUGUAAAUUGUCCUGAGAGAGGAUUACAAAGACUUACUGUGUAUACAUGAGUUGCAUAACAUCCUGAAAAGUGUAAUGCUCACAGCUCUACAAUGGUUUCAACACAAAAUAGGAUUUUUUUCUUAAUAAAUCUUGAAAAGAAAGAAGUGUAAUCUUGCUCAGGAACAUGCAGCUGAAGGAAAUGGUCAUGGGAAAAUAUUGCUUAUAAUGAAGUGCUAAAGGAAUUAUGUGUUCAUAUUUUUACUGUGUUACAUCAGCCGCUUCAAAGCUGAGAAAUUGCUCCUUUGUAUGAUUACAAUGUGCCACUGUAGAAAAACAAGCCUGCUUUAUUUAGUAAGGUAACUAUAGAAAAAUGCUUUUAUAUUAAACUACAUAUGUCCAUUUUAAGUGUACAGCAUUGUAUUAUUUUAAGUAUAUAUAUGUAAAUAUACUGUAUAUGACAGGAUUUCCAGUUGUAUGUUGUAGUAAAUAUGAUAUUAUAAGCAAAUCCACCCCCAACAAGAUGUUGAUGAUGUUUUAACAAUUCAAGCUUGCAAAGUAACGUGUUAAUAACUCGCUCGGACAAUUUUCUUCAUAAAUAUUUAAAUGUAGUUUUCGUCAAUCGUUUGAGGUCCACACACUAUUACUGUCCAUGUCCAUUUAAUGCCUUCAACUGCAGGCAAAGAAGAUGUCAUCGCUGUAAUAAAUAAUGCGUAUCUGACUAUAUCUCAUUUUAUUUCUGUUGAAAUAAAUUGAGAUCAACUAUAUACCAUAAAUAUGAAAUACAAAUGCCUGGUUUUUGAAGUAACAUAUUUGUACCGUCUUUGU